CUUCUGUCGUGCAAGUUGAACACAAAUCGAAUUCAGCCAUCAGAUCAGCCCCCAAACACGAAGCUACAACUACUUUUUCGUGACUUUGUGAGGUUUUGUGUGUUUUCAAAUGAAAACGGUGCUCACGUAUGAUUUGGUGUUUUUCCUGUUGUGUUGGUUGAUUGAAAAGUUUGAACAGUGAAGGCAGUGAAGUAAUGAAAGGAAGGCAGCAAGAGAAGAGUUCGAAUUUUGUUGCGUUUGAGGAUGGUGUUGCUCCCAGCAGUAUAGAAGUGCAACGAGAGAGAAAAGAGCAGAUGUGAUUGUAUUCUUCAGCUGUUUUCACCCAUUUGGCUAUUUUUUGUCAAGCAGUGUGCAGUACUUGUGGUUUGAGAAAAGUGGAAUUCAAAGUCCCGGAAGUCGCUGGCUCCAUCCUGACGACAUUGGCAUCACUUCCCAUAAUCAAAUUGCAUCAAUAAUAAUAACAACAUCGAAACAAAGCAGUGUAUCACUCACUCUCUCGGGCCAGGGUGUGUUGUUGUUUGUGUGCUAAAUUUGGGCAAGCAGACCAGAGCUACACAGAGCCAGUGGACAAACGAGAUCUUUGUAGCUGGGAGGGUCGAUAGUGCUGAUGUUACAGACAGAGAGGAAGGCCCCAGCAAAGUGUUUUCGUGCGCAGAAGGAAACGUUCAUCAUCGUUCUGGUCCGUCGUGGGUAUAUCCCACAUAAGUGCGUGGUGCGACAUUGUGUUUAAGAAACGACGACAUAGUUACCUACGUCUCUAGUGAAUUCGUUUGCCAAUCAUACGUCCCAGAAACUGGAUUAUCUCGGGAUCGUCGCAAAUAUCAAGUUGAAGGUCGGCAAUACGAGACUUUUCGGGUUCGAGUGUGAUCCAUCCAAACAACCAGACUCAACCUGGUAGUACACCAGUCACUUAAAUCUUCCCCAGAGCGCCGGCGGUCCAUAAUUAUCAACCAUGUCCUCUCCCAGUGCCGGCAAAAGACGGAUGGACACUGACGUCAUAAAACUGAUCGAAAGCAAGCACGAGGUUACCAUCCUGGGUGGACUGAACGAGUUCUGUGUCAAAUUCUUUGGACCCAAAUCGACACCCUAUGAGGGUGGCGUGUGGAAAGUUCGAGUACACCUGCCGGAACACUACCCGUUUAAAUCGCCUAGCAUUGGAUUCAUGAACAAAAUCUACCACCCGAACAUUGACGAAGUGUCCGGCACGGUAUGCCUGGACGUGAUCAACCAAGCGUGGACAGCUCUGUACGAUCUGUCGAAUAUUUUUGAGUCGUUUCUGCCUCAGCUGUUGACCUACCCGAACCCGGUAGACCCACUCAAUGGGGACGCCGCUGCCAUGUACCUCCACAAGCCGGAGGAGUACAAGAAGAAGGUGGCCGACUACGUGCGGCGGUACGCGACAGAAGAAGCCCUCCGCGACCAGGAACCUACCGAAAGCACCGACAGCGAAUCCAGCAUGUCAGAUUUCAGUGAAGACGAAGCGCAAGAUAUGGAGUUAUAACAACGGCUAGCCACGAUACUAACCAAUUAUUACUAUUAAAGCUAAAUCACAUCUACUUAUUACGGCCGCCGAGGGUGAGAAAAGAAAUCUUUUAAGUGAAUUCAAUGUUUAACGCGUAGGGUCUCAACAGAACAUAUUGGUCAUACACUCACACACACAAACACACGUUAACUCAGCAUGUACACAAUUCGGCGAAUAUUGGAGUGGAAAACGAAAGUAGAACAUCAUCUAAUAAAUCAAGACACACCAAUUCAGCACUCAUCUCAGUCGAGCUCUCCGUACUGGUACAGUUAAGUAGCAGAGGGCAGAUCAAAUCUAUUACAAACCAAUAUUAGAAUAUAACUUAAUAAUACCAAAAAACUGGCCGCGCAACCAUGGACAAACAAAAGGAGGUAAGUAAAACACUCAUUUCGAUGUUCGGUCAUUCUUAGGGUAUAUGUGUGUGCGUAUCAAACUACGAAAAUACACUCACAGAAUUUGUAGUCGAUCCCUGUGAUCGCUCCCCGAACAUAAUGUUUCCUUUUAAGAUUUAAGGUAUCUCGGUUGCUCGUUCCGCGUUCUGGUCAUCUCAUCUAGAGCAGAGUUAGGACACAUAAUAACACGAAUUUAGAUGGUUUUCUUCCUGUUUUAAAGCUAAACAUGUGCUGCUUUAUCUCGAAUGGUAGUUUCCUGAAUGUUUCGGUGUCUAUCCGUUAGGACCAAUAAACGGAUGUUAUACCGUAAUUGAUAUCGAAUGUUUAUCAAAUUAAUCAGAUUGUUAUGCUUGUGAUAUUUUUUUUAUUCAAAAAUAAAUAAUACGAAAGGGAACGUCCACAAAUUACGUAACGCUUAGAGGGGGGAGGGGGGGUUGAGUGGAGUGUGACGAUUCAUACAAAAUUUUCAGAAGCUUCAUACAAAAAGUGUGACAUAGGGGGGAGGGGGGGUUGAAAAAGUCCAAUUUUCGCGUUACGUAAUUAAUGGAUCUUCCCAAAGACGCUUUCGUCGUGUUCGUCCUUACUGGAUAACAUACUAGUAUCGGGAGAUGUUCCUAGGAUGCGUAUCAGUCAAUCAUUUUUCCCUCAAGCGAUAGAGCACGUUUUAGCAUAAUAUGCUGAAACAAUCGACCCUAAAGAAGUUGGGUACCAACCACUGGAAAAAUACAAUCGGAAGCCAAGGUCACAAAAUCUUAAUGAUACCCAAUAGGAGAAUUGCAUCGCGGACAACUGAAACCACAACCUAGUUGUCCCAUUCUAUCAACAGGGUACAUCCGAUUUAAAAAUUAAUUCAGAUCCCUCUGAUUAAGUCUAUAUGCAAGGCGAUGAAGAGGAUAGUUAAUCGCCGGUUUAUAUAUUACCUGAAAAAUAACGAUUAUAUUGACCAUGAUCCUGAGCACGAUUCUCGGGCAAGACACACAUUUUAUCACUCUCAAUCAAUUUCUCUGAAGUGCCGUUGAAUGUUCAAUGAACUUGCCACGUUGGAUGGCGCCUGGAUAUCAGUUUCUUUUGACCCUGCCUGAAUUUUCUUUAUGUUGAAAAGAAAAAGAUCGAAUGCCAUCCGGUCCCCAACUUCUACCAGAUCAUCAGUGUGAAAAACGUAAAAACCCUCGGAAACAUGCUACCGCCGGAAAAAGACGCAUUAGAGGAGUGCGACUGUACACAAUGUGAUCUACAGGAUUCCGAACGAAAGUUGCUCAGCGAAAGCGCGCCACAUAGAAAUGAUGUCAAAAAAACACAGCACAAGGAUUGCCAUUCAUUUCCAUUUCCAUUGUUCCAAUGAUAGACGAAGCAUGUGAGAUUGAGGCAAUACAGCAGAUGAUUAGAAGAUGACCGAAAGUUUCGACAAAAGUUUCUGCGAGCCGCGUCGUUUCGAAUUUCUGCUCUACCGUACACAUGGUCAAAGUAAGUUCAAUAGAACACAGUAAAGAUGGCCUACACAUUGAGUGCUCCGGACCGGAAAACGUUAAUUUUGUCGUUGAAGCGAAUAACGGUGUCAUAGGAUAUCCUAUUCCGGUUUUUCGAACACAUUUCGUGGACGGCUUUUGACUUAAACCCCACAUAGACUUCAAAUCAAAUGCGCCAGCUUAUGCAACAGCCAAUUGAGUUGAAAUUUUCAGAGAAUGAUUUUCCCUACCCAAAGACCCUUGUAGAAUUCGACAUAUUUUUGAUUCCUGACCCAGUCUAAUGGCAAGUUUACGAAGGAUUGAAUCCAACUUGUCGAUAGAAGUGUUCGGUAAAAGGACAUUCAGGAACCUGACAAUUGAGAGAAAAAAGCACAACGUUUAAAUUGACAUUCGACUGCGCUAUGUAGACAUAGGCAUUGAUCAUAUUCAGUUUCUUUCGUGAAUUAUUUACUAAUGUUGUGCAGUUUAGGCUUUAGUAAAUUUUUAUUCGCUCUUCUAUUUCAAAUAUUACGUUAGGAUUACAAGCUGAAUAAUAUCUCAUUCGAAUUAUCGAUAUGACCAAUGUCAGCAAGGGCUACCUAACAUGUUACAAGCCCAUAGUUCAGAAGUGCUAGUGCUUUUCCUUUCUACUAAUCAUACGUGUGGCAAUAAUUAUACCUGAACGCUUCGGUUUCUCAUUCGAAAAAAACAGCAACCUGUAAUUUCAUAUUACUUCAAUUGACAGUGUAAUACUGAGUGUUGAACGUGCGGGAGAAGAUUGUUUAUUAUUGAUUAAUUAUUAGUAUAUUAUUAUAAUAAAGUAGAAAUGUAAUGAAAUAAGAAAUAAACAUAACACUUAAAGAACAAGCUAAUUUACUAAAAUACAAAUGUGAAGGCAAACGAAAAUAAAAAAUAAAUUUUGAACAAAACAAAAAAAAAAGAAUUUAAAAUGUCGAAUAAAAAAAUCAGAAAAAAAAGAAAAAGAAACAUAAACAGUAGUGAUUAAGUGAUGUUUGUAAUUUCGAUGAAAGAACAUUAUUCUUGGAGGAGUGAGUAGUGACAAACAGAAGCAUAAGAUAAAGAAGACGCAUAUUUAAAAAAAAUAUUGAAUAAAAAUCGUGACGUAAAAAUUA